AACCAGAUAUAAAUACAAGACUCAUUUUUCUUUUUUCUCAAAACAACAAAAAGUAUUUUCUCAAUCUAUUUGCAAGUUACAAUUUCACUAGUUUUCUUUGUAAUCAAAGGUGUUACUGAGAAUGGAAUCACAGAAAAAUCAACAUGAACAACAGCCAUCCCCUGCUGCUGCAACCCCCUCCACCACUUCAUGUCGAAAGAAGAAGAGCGAACAAGCCAGUUUUUUGGAGGAUGUGAAGGAUCAUAUUGAUGACUUUAUCCAUGCCUCUAUGGAUGAACACAAAACUUGCUUCAAGAAGACCGUGCAGAAGAUGUUUAGCAUGUCAAAGAUUGUCGCUGAGAGGAGUUCCGACACCAAGGAAGUUGAAAGUUCUCUGCCCCUUCAAACCACAGUGGCAAAAUAGAAUAUCUUCUGAUCUAUAAUUUGUUAAAAUUGUGGCACUGCAGUUUCAGUUUGACGAACGAGAAAAGUUAACUUUGUAAGGUUAACUGGUGACUAUUAUGAAGCCAAUUAUUUAGUGUUAUGACUAUGUUCUUGUGAUGUAUUUAGCUUUGCUACCAUUUUUAUUUUUUUUCUGUAUGUGCCAAGUCAGUGUUGAAUU